AAUUAUUAUGACAAUCUCACCACCCCACUUUGAGUUUAAUAAUUUCAUUCAAUCACUAUAUAUCCAUUAUAGUGAUAUUGUGAAAGAAAAUCAAAUACAUUGGUAUAGAAACAUCGCAGGGGCAACCUGAAGAACACUAAAAUUCAAUUAUGGAAGCAACAAGAUUAAACAUGUUUGUGUUUCUAUCAUUAGUUGCAGCUGCCAUGCUACAUGGCUCAUCGGCACAAACCACACACGUCGUGGGCGACGCGCUCGGCUGGCUCGUCCCACCCGGCGGCGACGUGGCCUACCGCACAUGGGCCGCCACACAAACCUUCACCGUGGGUGACGUGCUAGUGUUCAAUUUCACCGCAGAUGCACACAAUGUAGCUGAGGUGAGCAAGGAAGCAUUUGAUUCGUGCAAUACCACAAAUCCCAUCUCACUAUCAACCACUUCUCCAACUAACAUAACCUUGACAUCUGCCGGUGAGCACCACUUCCUCUGCACCUUCCAAAGCCACUGCGAUUUCGGCCAGAAGUUGGCGAUCAAUGUCACCGCCGCCUCCGCCGCCCCAGCACCACAGCCCGCCACUCCGCCGCCAGCGGCCACACCAUCACCGGAAGCGGAAGUUUACACAGUAGGUGAUGCUCUUGGCUGGCUUGUACCUCCCGGUGGUCCAAUUGCAUACCAAACUUGGGCUAGGAACAAAGUCUUCGUGGUCGGUGACAUUUUAGUGUUCAACUUUACAAACGCGGCACACAACGUGUUACAAGUGACUAAGGCCGAAUUCGAUUCCUGCAACGUCUCCACCACCACGACGCCGCCAACCACCGCCUCUCCGGCGAGGAUCACCCUCACAUCCGCUGGAGAGCACUAUUACAUGUGCACCUUCCCUCAACACUGCUCCUUCGGCCAAAAGCUAGCCAUCAACGUCACCGGUAGCAGCGGCGGCGCCCCUGCACCAACUCCUUCAAGCCCAGCUCCAACCCCUUCCUCCCCACCUACUCCGCCGCCAAGCUCAGCUACUCCUCCGUCCAGCUCCGCCACUCCCCCGACCAGCGCCGCGACUCCCCCGACCAGCGCCGCGACUCCCCCGACCAGCGCCGGUGGUCCCUCAUCGUCUACCCCCUCGACGCCGGCUACCCCUAGCCCACGUACCCCUCCACCUCCACCCAGCGGCUCCUCCGCAUCGGUUGCGGCUGCGGCCUUGCCCAUCACUUUCUUGGCCGUUGCUCUGGCGUUCCUGUGUAACUAGAUCAUGAUGCAGACAAUUUUGUUUUUGUUUGGUGAUUUGUUUUGAUCUCAUAUACAUUUUUAUUUUAUGUUUAAUGAUUAUUGUAUUGUUAGAUUUAUGUUUCAUAUCCUUGAUUGGUACGUAAUUAAUACUAAUAAAGUUGGUUUUUGUAUUCUGCUA